AAGUCUACGUUGGGCGCCGACGCCUGCGUAUAGACAAUCGCGCCGGGUUUGGCUCCCCUCUUUCUCCAGAGGCACGGGUUGGACCUACGGACCGGGCGUGAUGGGUAACCCGGCCGGCGGAAUGCCCGGGCAGUUCUGGCGGGUGGUUGGUACCGGAACCUCCUUGGCGCUGUCCUCCCUCCUGUCCCUGCUGCUGUUUGCUGGCAUGCAGAUAUACAGCCGCCAGCUGGCCUCCACCGAGUGGCUGACAAUUCAGGGGGGCCUGCUGGGCUCUGGCCUUUUCGUCUUCUCCCUGACUGCCUUCAAUAAUCUGGAGAAUCUGGUCUUUGGUAAAGGUUUCCAAGCAAAGAUCUUCCCUGAGAUUCUCCUCUGCUUGUUGUUGGCCCUCUUUGCAUCUGGCCUCAUCCACCGCGUCUGUGUCACCACGUGCUUCAUCUUCUCCAUGGUCGGUCUGUACUACAUCAACAAGAUAUCCUCCACUCUGUACCAGGCAACAGCUCCAGUCCUCACGCCAGCCAAAGUCACUGGCAAGGGCAAGAAGAGAAACCAACCCUGAGUGACAAAUAAAGUGGAUUCUUUGUA